CGAAUCGCGAACGAAUUAUACCAUACGAGUGACUCGACUGGCCCUGUUAUUACAAUAGUAUAAAAUAUUUAUGAUGUCCUUAAUUCUUAUACGCAUAAUAUGUUAUCGUUAUACUUAAUUACUUAAUUAAUCUAAUUUUCAAUAUUGUAUUAUAAGUCGUAACAUACGUUUUAAAAUUGUAUAUAAUACGAGUCUAUCACAGUAAUUACGUACAUUUUGAUAAUAUUUCGACAAACCAGUGAUCUGUUCGAUCGAAAAUUCACACUGCUUAUUGUACAAUUAUUUUUCUUGUUUUUAAACGCUAGUGAUCAACGAUAACUGUCGCCAAAAAAAUAAACUUAUAUUCUCUGUAUUAAUAGUAUUUCUAGUAUACUCGUCAAUGGUUGUGGUCGAGGUUACGAUGUUUUAGAUUGAUUUAUUUAGUGGCUUUUUUUGAUUUUAAAUUAACUAAGUACCAACUAUUGUAGUAGUUAACCAACUACUACAAUGUCUUUCACAUUCUCAGCGUUCACUUAUAUCGUGGCCAUGAUAUCAGAUGCAUUUUUAUUAUUUUUUUCAAUAUUCCAUAUAAUUGCAUUUGAUGAACUUAAAACUGAUAGCAAAAAUCCAAUAGAUCAAUGUAACAGCCUAAAUCCAUUAGUGAUUCCUGAGUAUAUGCUACACUUCUUCUUCAAUAUUUUGUUUUUGUUUGGAGGCCAAUGGAUUUCAUUUGCUAUUAAUAUACCAUUAAUGGCUUAUCAUAUAAAAAGAUAUCAUAACAGGCCAGUUAUGUCUGGUUUUGGUCUCUAUGAUCCUACAAGUAUUAUGAAUGCUGACAAAUUGUAUACAUAUCAACGUGAGGGUUGGAUAAAAUUAUCGUUUUAUCUGUUUUCGUUUUUCUAUUACUUAUAUGGAAUGAUACGGGCAUUGAUAACAGUUUAAACCAAAGUUACUUCUAGCAAAUUUCUUCUUUUCAUAAUAUGUUUUGUACAUAUUUGUUUAUUUUUUAUCGGUAUAAAACAGCUAUUUUUUAUUUAAGUCUACCUCAGUAUAUAUAUAUAUAUAUAUACAUAUAUAUAUGUAUAUAUAUAUAUAUAUACAUAUAUAUAUUUACAUGUUAUGGGCAAAGUAAGAAAUUCAGGCAUUGUAUAACAAUAUCCAGGCACUGUGCAAAAUGGCCUAAUAUUUUAAUAAUAUUAAUUCAUCAGUUGUAAGAACCCAAUUGGAUACCUAAUAGAUUUAAAAACUAAUAUUUGAAACGUCUAUUUCAGAUUUUUUUUUUUGAUUAUUUGUACCCUGUAAAAUUGUUUAUUUAAUUUUUAAUAUAGGUAUUUAUUCUACAGUGUUCAAAUUUAAUUAUACAAUGUUAACUUAUUCUAACUUUGCCCUUGUGCACAGUGCCCGACUUCCUACUGUGCCUGUAACAUAUAUAUUAUAUACAUGUAUAUAAUAUACUAUAUAGAAAAUUAUUCAAACAGAAUGUAACCACAUAACAGCACAAUUGUUUUAAUUUGUUUUAUUGUAUUUAGUGACAUAAACAAAAAAAUGUGAAAAAAUCAUUUUUUGAUUUAUUAUUUUAUAAGUUUUGUUUAUGUGUAUUACGAAAUAUUUUAUAUUUACAAUAUUAAAUUUUUUAUAAUAGAUGUGAAAAAAAAUGUUAAGUUAUUGUGUAUAUUUUUGGGAUGUAAGGAAAAAGAACCAAUGGUAUUUGUUUAUUUUGUUGCCUUGCUACUCAUAUAAUAGUAGUAUUGUACGCUUGAUAUAUAUAUAAAUACCAGAGUCCACCAAGUCCAUAGUACCUUUAAUAUGAUGAUAAUAAAAUUGUAUGUCUGACAAUAAUAAUAUAAUUUAUAAAAUAA